AUGCAUCUCGAACAGCUCGUCCUGUCCAUCCCGUGCCUCCUGGGCUCGGCCUCUGCAAGCUGCCCCGGCACCAACAGCUGCAAGGCGGCUCCCGGCUCACGGGCCUGGCCCUCCCCCGGCGCCUGGAACGCGCUCAACUCCACCGUCGGGGGCCGCCUGCUCGCCCCGGCCCCACCCGGCGCCGUGUGCCACCCGGACCAGCCGACGUACAACCCGGAGCAGUGCCCCGCGACGCAAAGGGGCUGGAGCAGCUACGACUGGCACGCCGCCGACCCGGUGUCCAUGAUGAUGGACCAGUUUGCCAACGACACUUGCCUGCCAAACGCCCAAUACCCCUGCAGCGGGAAGGGGUACCCUACCUACGUCGUUAAUGCGACGACGGCGUCGCAUGUAAAGGCUGCCGUGGACUUUGCCCGGAAGCACACUGUUCGACUUGUCGUCAAGUCCUCCGGCCACGACUAUCUCGGCCGCUCCAAUGCCCCCGGCUCUCUGUCCAUCUGGGUCCACCACAUGAACAGCAUCGAGUUCCACGAGGGCAGUUUCACACUCGCCGGCUCGGGCAAGGUGCUCAAGGGCAGCGCCGUCACUGUCGGCGGGGGCACAGAGAUGUACGACAUCUACACCGCCGCCGACGCGCACAACCAAACCGUCGUUGGCGGCGGCGCAAAGAGCGUCUCGGUCGGUGGAUACAUCUCCGGCGGCGGGCACUCGACGCUUGCGCCGCGUUACGGUCUCGCCGCGGACAAUGUCAUUCAGGUCGAGGUCGUCACGCCGCAGGGGCAGAUUCUCGUAGCGAACGAGGACCAACACAGCGACCUUUUCUGGGCGCUCAGAGGUGGUGGCGGCAGCACUUUUGGCGUCAUGACCAAGGUCACCAUGUGGACGCACCCGACGCCCAAAAUCACCUCCCUGUCCUGGAUGGGCAUCACGGACCCAAAAAGCCCUUUCCUCCUUGACCUCAUAGCGUACCUGUCUUCGCAGAUUCCGUACUUGAUGGACAAGGGCGGCCUGUCCGGCUACAAUUACGCCAGCCUCGGCAUGAAGAAUCCGGUUCCGGCGCCGGGAGCACCAACGGAUAUCGCCGGCGUCAUGGGCUUCGGCUUCGUGCAGGACAAGGGCCCUGGCUUCCUGCAAGACAUCUUCAAGCCCAUCAACGACACCAUCAAGCAGCGCUGGCCCGGUCAGGCGUUCCUGUUCCUCAUCUCGGAGGAGUUCCCCACGUUCCGCGCCUGGUUUGACAAGAACUGCGACCAGGCCUUUGCGGGGAACAGCUCCUACAUCGUCUCUAGGCUGGUGGACGGCAAGACGUUGAAGGGCGAUCCAAAGGCGCUCGGCAAGGCGAUCCAGGCGGCGAGCCUUCCGAGCGGUGGCAUGUCGCUCUUCAUGGUCGGCGGAAAGGGCGUGCAAAACGCAAAGCCUCGAGGGGGCAACUCUGUCAAUCCAGCCUGGCGAAACACCUACGUCCACGCCUUGUCCGCAACCGGCUUCCCGCCCUUCAACAAGACGGCGGAGCAGGAAACCAUCAAGCUCCUCGACUCAUCGAUGGAGCCACUGCGCGCUCUCACGCCAAAGGCAGGCGCCUAUCUAAACGAGGCGCUGCCGUUUGAGAAGGACUGGCAGCACACGUUCUGGGGCAGCAACUACGAGCGCCUGCUCAAGAUCAAGAGGGCGGUGGAUCCGACCGACGUUUUCUGGAAGAGGUAG